AUGGAUGUUGAUGUGGAGAUUGGUGCAGCGAGCGUUGCAAGUAGCUCAGAGCGCUUCCCCCCGGAAGUACUGGCGCUGAUAUUCGAAUCUCUGCGUCCGAGUCGCUCGAAAUUGCCCUCGGGGAAACUUAUGCACUCGGACGAUAACACGCUCUUGUCUAUCGUUCAUGUCUGCAAAUUCUGGCGAGAGGUCGCCUUCUCCCAUGCCAUCCUAUGGGCGUCUGAGGUCGACGUUUCCGCACAUCCGCAUCCAAAUAUGACCGCCAUCGUGCUAGGGAAGUCAGGCUCCCAACCUUUGGACGUUAAGUUACACUAUGUCACCGAAGAAUAUGAUCAAGUGGUUCUCGCGAUGUGGUUCACAGACCCGUAUCGGUCGCGCAUUCGAUCUCUCGACGUCGAGACCACUGGAGUGCGCGCUAUGCGCAGACUCAUCAAAGUCAUCGGAUCAGAGCUGCCUUCGCUACGCUCCCUCAAGCUUCUGAACGAAGCUGAACAGGAUCCCGAUCUCAUGAACGGUCUUUACGAAGAGCCGCCUGCCAUGGCGUUACCCCGACUCGGGUUGCUACAGAUUAGACGCGCGCGCGCGCUUGAAAGGAUUGAACUCCGCGAUUACCUGCUCCCUUGGACUUCUCCGCACCUCUUCGCUCGAGUCACACACCUUGAACUUCACGUCACCGCCGAGGAGCCAUCUAAUCACCUACCAACGCAUAGCCAACUGCAUGCGGUAAUCACGGUCAUGCAGAGUCUCGAAACAUUGAUUCUGGACGAUGUCUUUCCUGUCUACUCUGGCGUGAGGCCAGGCUCGCCCAUUCCACUACCUUCGACUUGUCGCUCAGUCGUUCUGCGGGCGUGCCAUUACCAUGGCAACUGCAGAGACCUUCUUUCAGCCCUGAGAUUCCCUACAGAGUGCAGCCUCACGAUCGAUCAAGUCUGCAGGGAGAGGGAAGAUGCAGAGGAGGCAGACGUUAUCACGAUGCUUGCAGGUUCACAGCGUCGUCCGCAGGUGGCGAGCGUCAAGACAGAUCCAUUUGAGCAGUUAUGUGGCGAGUUCAGUGUGGCGUACGACGCGUCUGCCUAUCUCAGCUCUCCGGAAAAGCUUCUGCACUCGCCAAUCGUCCCCGCACCACACGUCACAUUCCAGUUCGAAGUCACUACACAGACGAUAGAGCAAGAGGACUGGGACGAGGAGGACUCCAAAACUGUCUCUUACGAUCGAAUGCAGACGGCGAUAACGCACGUGAACCUCAGCGACCUGCUCGUCCUCCGGAUCGACGAGAUGAGGGAAGCCGACGAAUUUCAUCUGUGCAACGGGAUGGAUGCAUAUCAUGGAGAACGGACGACGCCUAUCCUUGACACCGCAGAGAACGUCAAGAUUCUCGUUCUGGCGGACACAUCGUUGCACAUCCUGAUGUUCCUCGAGAACCCGAGCGACAUGACCGGGAAGCUGGUGCUUCCUCGGCUGGAGACCGUCGUUGUACCCGAAAGCACGAAAUCUUACAGCGCGAACUCACUGAAGGGUUACUUCGCUAAACGCGCGGAGCAAGGCUUGAGCGUUCCCGCUGUGCGUGCUCCGCAGAGCUUGAGCGACACUUCAUUCGCCCAAGACUUGGGCGAGAACGUGACGGUGACAUACUUCUGA